AAGACAUCCACCCACUACCUUAAGCUCUGACAAUGUUUGACAAAAGUUUUUUACUUUAGCCAACAUCAUCUCUCUUGAGUUGGCGCAUAAGUCAGAUUCCAGCAUCUGACAGCGUACCACAUCUCAAUAUCCUUAUGAACCAGUAGCAGAGAACAUACCACAAAUGCCAUUCACAAAUUAUACUCCCCCAAAACAUAGAAGCGAGCGCAAACGAAACGAAACCCAAAAAGUUUCAAGUUUCCACUACACUUCUCGUACAUGAAGAGUAAUUGUUAGAAGCCACAGCAGCAUCCGUAUAUCAUACAACAACAACAAAUCAGUUAAAGGACUUUAUCGUUAUUUCCGGGACGGAAUUUUACUUGGCACGCGCUCUUCGUGCACCAACUCUUUAUGCUUCGUAUCAGUUCAGCAAAGAAACAGAAACAGGAACAGAACUGAGAUCCGAGUGAAAGUUCAGUUAAUCAUAAAUAAUCGUCGGCAAAGGAUGGAAUCGCCUGCACACAUUUUCCGUACAUCGUUAUUUAGCUAAUAUCUUUGUUUUCCCAUGUUUUUUUUAUUUUUUUAAAAUUGACUUCUCCUGUCGCACAGUCCUUUUCCAAUUGAUGCACGGUCUUAAAGUAGUUAUGCAAAAUAUAAUUUUAUCGAAGUUUUCGAAAAUGAAAAUGGUCAGAACUGAGUACUCUGAGACAGUAUUUUGAAAGUGAUGUUCAAUGCAAAGUGUUUGUGUGAUUCUGAUAUGAUAAUGAUAAUAAUGAUAACAAAUAGGUUGCCGCAACGAGAGUGUCAAGUGCCGUGCCGUGUGAAUUAAUAAAACAGGUCAUGUCCCUUGACUACAUGCCGCGUGACUGCAUUCAGUAAUUCCAAAUAAACAGUUUAUAUCUCCAAAAAAAGCGUUCGUCUUCUACCUUUGGAUAGCGAAAAUGAGAAACGACCAUGAAAGCUAUCAUUUUUAAUACGAAAACGAUGAUCCGAAAAAUGAUCACCAAAAACCAUCAGCAACGAACAAUAAACUACGACCUUUAUCUACCCAGGCUUAAUUUAUAUGAAAAUCAAUGGCUAAGUAUCUGAUGGAGUAGAUACUUUAAUGUUAUCAGUUUUUUCCAUUACCAUCAAUUCGGCAAAAAAAAAAAAUAAAAAACAAAAAAAGAAAAUAAAAUAAAAAAAAAAAAUUAAAAAAAAAAAAAAAAUAAACUUAAGGGAACCAUUUAUCCCUUCGUCCAUAUCACAUCGCAGGUUAACUACAACUUUACUCUAAAUUAGAACUCUGAAACUGAAAUUAAAAUAAUUAUACUUGUAAUACAAUAAGCUACAUGAAGAUAACUUUUUUUAAACUAUAAAAAAAAAACAGAAAGUCGCCAUUGUGUUCUUAUAAUCAUAACCGUUUACUUCACCGUUCACUGCGAACUUUAAUAAUGUUUCAAACAAAGAACGCACACAGGGAGCAGCCAUAUCCUGGAUCAGGGCCAGAACUUAGACGAGAAACCGAAACAGCAAAAGCUAUUGAAAAACCAUCAUUAUCAACAUCAUUAUCAUCAAUGGAAUUAUCGUCGUCAACAUUAAACAGAAAAUUCUGUUGCCGACUACGUUUUGUGCGUAUUUAUGUUGCUCUUUUGCUCUUCAUUGUCACUGAAACGGUAAAUGCUUCUGGAUUUUUUGAUACCCAAGGGCCAAAUUUUUCUAGUGAACCGCCACACCGCGUAGAGUUCACAAGUACGGCGGGAACACUGGUUGAUUGUACUGCUCAUGGCAACCCUGAACCAAAUGUAGAAUGGCUGGACAAAGACAAUAAUCCCAUCACGUCAGUAUCUAAGGUUCGGCACAUACUAGCAAAUGGUUCGCUUUAUUUUCCGCAGUUCGAGGCAGAAGAGUUCAGACAAGAUGUUCAUUGGUCAGUGUAUAGAUGUGUCGCAAGUAAUUCUGUUGGAACAAUUGUUUCAAGGGAUGUUGUCGUCAAGGCUGUGGUCAACCAACGAUAUGAACCAGAAGUACAAAACCCAGGUGGAUUUAUUGGCAGCAAUGUCCUCAUUAAAUGUAACAUACCCUCAUUCGUGAAAGAAUAUGUGACAGUGACAUCAUGGUUGCAAGAGCCCAACUUUAACAUAUAUCCCUCUUUAGAGGGAGAUGGAAAAAGUCACAUGCUUCCGACAGGAGAACUUUUAGUUUUGAAUGUGACACGACUAGAUGCACUUCGAAUAUAUCGAUGCAGAACCCACCAUCAAUUAACGCAGGAAGCUGUAGUUAGCAGCAAUGUGGGAAAAAUACAGUUAACAGAAAUGCGAGAACUUGUUCCACCAAUAAUUAAUGAGAAACUAGUGGUUAUGACAGUCAGACUUGGAGAUCCUGUGGUCAUUCCCUGUGUUGCUUAUGCAAAUCCAACUCCUGUAUAUCGUUGGCAUACAAAGAGAAACGGUAAAGAAGGCUCUAUAGACACAUUUCUUGCAACUAGUCGUGCUAAAAUACGAGACGGAACUUUAAUAAUAUCAUCUAUUGAACAAGCGGAUGGCGGUUCAUUUUUUUGCACAGCAACGAAUUCAGAAGGAAGUGAAACCCUUGAGGUGCAGCUUUCUACAGUCUCUCCACUGGCCAGUACAAUUCAGCCUGUCAUUCAAACAGUAAAUCUGGGAAAGUCGGCAGAUCUAGUAUGUAGUUGCACCGGUUUUCCCAAAGAUAGCAUUACCUGGCUUAAAGAUGGACAGCCACUGCGCUCUGGAGCAAGGGUUCGAUUAUUAUCCAAACAACAUAUUCGAAUAACAUCAAUUACCAAAGAAGACAAGGGCAUGUAUCAGUGUUUCGUUAAAAAUGACAAAGAUUCAAGUCAAGCUACGGCUGAAUUGCGUUUAGGGGAAGUAGCACCGCAACUAAUAUACAAAUUUAUUGAGCAAACUAUGCAGCCAGGUCCGUCGGUAUCAUUGAAAUGCAGUGCCACUGGCAAUCCAACACCCCGCAUAGUCUGGCAUUUGGAUGGUUUUCCUCUGCCAAAUAAUGACCGUCUUAUGAUUGGCCAAUAUGUGACUUUAUUUGGCGAUGUCAUAAGUCACGUUAAUAUAUCUGCUGUAAAAUCUGAAGAUGGUGGCGACUAUGAAUGCAAAGCUAUGUCAAAAGCUGGAGAAUCAUCUCAUUCCGCACGAUUAAAUAUUUAUGGCAUGCCAUACGUUCGUCCAAUGCCGCAAAUAUCAGCUGUAGCAGGAAAAUCGUUUUUUCUUAAGUGUCCUGUAGCUGGAUAUCCAAUUGAAAGUAUAACUUUGGAAAAAGAUGGAGUUAAACUUCCAAUAAAUAUAUGACAGCGGAUACAAAAUGGUACCUUAUCAAUUGAAAAUGUUCAAAAAACAGCUGACCAAGGAACAUACACCUGCAUUGCCCGAAACAAACACAAUUAUACCUCGCAACGCUCAGUCGACAUAAAAGUACUCGUACCCCCUCGUAUUUCACCAUAUAAUUUCGAAGAAGAAAUCACAGAAGGAAUGCGCACACAAUUAAUGUGUUCCAGCAGCCAAGGCGAUCAGCCAUUUAAUAUAACAUGGCUAAAAGAUGAUAUACCCAUUCAAAUUAAUAACGAAAACGGCGGUAGUGGCUCGGGCAAUGGAAGAGCUAUUCAAAAAUCUUCAGAUCCAUCUUUGUAUAUUAACGAAUAUGCUCCAUUUUCGAGUAUUCUAUCAAUCCAUAACGUCAGUUCCAGGCACAAUGGCAAUUAUACCUGUCGCAUAACAAAUCGUGCUGGAUCUGUUGAGCAUACAGCGGUUCUUUCCGUAGCCGUUCCACCGAGGUGGGUUACUAAACCAACCGACCGUAAUGCCAUCCUUGGAAAUCCGGUUGUAAUUACUUGCAUCGCUGAUGGGUUUCCGCUUCCGAACGUGACAUGGAAGCAAUCAAUAGGUGAACAUUCAGGAGAUUAUCGUGAGUUAGGCUAUUCUGGUGGCAAUUCAAUGAUUGUCAGUCAUAGAAAUGGAUCACUGAUAAUACCAAAGGUGAGCAAAGAUCACGAAGGUAGUUAUUUGUGCCAGGCGAGCAAUGGAAUCGGUGCAGGACUUAGCACCCUUAUCAAGCUAACUGUACAUGUUGGCCCUCAGGUUACUGUCCGUAAUAAGCAAAUAACAGUUCGGCGGGGUGAUAGAGUGAACUUGCGAUGUGAAGCCGAAGGUGAUCAGCCAUUGGAUAUAUAUUGGCGGGCCAAGGGGAACCGCAUUGAUACUGCUUAUGACAUACGAUACAAUUUGAAAAAUUCACCCCUAAGUCGUGGAAUUGUGUCAGAGCUUAGUAUUUUGCAAGCGGUUAUAUCUGAUAGAGGAGAAUAUACGUGUGUAGCAAGUAAUGCUUAUGGACAUGAUAAAGCAGUUUUACAUCUGCAAGUUCAGGAGCCUCCAAAUUUUCCUAUCAAUUUACAUGUCGUGGAGCUGGGUAGUCGAACAAUAACAUUGGCUUGGUCGCGCAAUGAACAGGAUCAAACAAACUCAAAUCGGGACUCUCAACCGAUUUCAAAUUACAUUUUGCAAUAUAAAAAGGCACAAGAAGUUUGGCACGAGCACAACAACCAAAAAUUGCUACCAGGCGAUAAAACAUCAGCCCAAGUAUCUUCACUAAAACCAUCACAAGCUUAUCAUUUUCGUUUGUAUGCUGAAAAUCAUUUGGGUACGAGCGCACCAAGCGACAUUCUACUGGCCCAAACAGACGCCGAGGUUCCAAGUGGACGUCCUCAGUCGGUUGCUGCCGAACCACUGGGUCCGCAACAACUGCUAAUAACCUGGCGUCCACCUGAUCGAGAUAGUUGGAAUGGCGAACUUCUUGGCUAUACAAUAGGCUAUCAGAAACACGAUGACAGUGCUUACAACUAUACCAAGGUUGGAAUAUUGGUUGGUGAGGGACUGCACGAUUUUCGAUUGACAGGCUUGGAAAAGUACACACAGUAUGAUAUAACAGUAUCGGCUUUCAAUAUAAAAGGAGAUGGACCGCCAAGUGAACCCAUAACAGGACACACUUUGGAAGAUGUUCCGUCGGUCGCACCACAGGGUGUCACUUGCAUCGCAUUGACCGCACAGAACAUCCAAAUAUCUUGGCAGGCCCCUCCAAAGGAGCACAUCCAUGGAAUAAUUCAGGGCUAUAAGCUACUUUAUGAGCCUUGUAAUGAUGAUAGUGAUUAUGGCAAUCGCGAGACUAAGAUAACUUCCUCAUUGAAUACAGUCUUACACGGCUUGCAACCAUUUACUAAGUAUAGCGUUCAGGUAUUGGCUUUUACCAGAGCUGGCGAAGGUGUUUUGAGUACAAUUGUAUCAUGCACUACAGAAGAAGCCGUACCAGAUGCUCCAGAAAGAGUGAAAUCUGUGGUUAGUAGCGAGUCAUCUGUAAUAAUAAGUUGGCUACCACCACGUCGACCAAAUGGUAUUGUUACUAAAUACAAUGUUUACAUUCGAAUACUGGACAAAGGACAAGAGUUAAAAAUUCUCAAAGAAGUCUUACCAGCCCACAAUAGGCAUUUUGAAGCUAAGGAUUUGACAGCAAGAGAAACAUACGAAUCUUGGGUGACUGCAUCAACUCGUGUCGGUCAAGGGCCCAGUACUCCGGUCAUAAAAUUAUCACCUAGCUUUGCUGUGCCAGCGGCUAUAAUAUCAUUUGGACAAACGUUGAGUGUCAGUUGGAAAGUCGAUAUGAAAUUAACUUGUCUAUUUGUGGGUAAUCCAAAGCCAAAUGUGGAAUGGAAGCUUUUGAACGCAAGGUCGAAAAAACAGUUUCGUUUGGAAGUAGGCAAUGAUAAUACACUUACUUUGCGGAAUAUACAACGCAGCCACGAAGGGAAUUAUUCAUGUGGUGUCCGAAAUGCUUUAGGGUCAGAUCACGUUGUCUACCAGUUGUUUGUGCAAGUACCACCUGCGGCUCCUAUUUUGUCUGUAACUGGAACUACAGUGAAUUCUGUGUCACUACAAUGGCGUGUAGAUGAUAUCGGUGGUGCACCACUCAGGGGAUUUACUCUCACGUAUAGAAAGGAAUUUGGCGAAUGGGACGAACUGCAACUAGAUCGCCGCAUUCAUUCACAUCUAUUGGAAAAUUUGCAAUGCGGAACGCGCUAUCAAUUUACCAUAACUACAUUUAAUAAAAUUGGCACGGGUUUAACUAGUAUAAUUGAGUCGGCUAAAACCAAGGGCAAUAAACCUGUACCUCCACGCAAACAUAACCUUAUUCGACCGAAUAUAACAUCUGCAAUGCUCGAGUUAUCUUCAUGGCAAGACGAAGGCUGUCCUAUCUUAUACUUUACCAUAGAAUUUCGAAGAUAUGGAAUUUCAAGUGACUGGAUUAUUGUUUCAAGUAGCAUUGCAACGCAAGCUCGAUAUGUUCUUGGUGACUUGGAGCCUGCCACAGCAUACAGUUUACGAAUUACUGCCCACAAUCAUGCAGGAUCGACUCUUGCCGAAUACAUAUUUGAUACAUUACAUUUAACAGGCUUGCCAAUCAAUGAUAAGGACGACAACGAUACUCCUGAGGUCGGAUCGCUGUUUCGAGAUGUGCAUUUCAUUGUUAUUCUCAUAACAUCUGUCUUUGGAACAAUAUUAGCACUCUUAGGAGCUUGUAUUUGCUUUAGACAUUAUCCAAGACAAUUGCUCAAUCGGGAUGUUAAUUCAAUGCGACCACCUUUGAGCGAGGGCAAGGACCCCCGACUCCAAAAUCGAUUAUCUUUUACAGGCUUGGAACGAAUUCCUGAAUACUCUGAAGAUAUUUAUCCUUAUGCCACAUUUCAUCUACCUGAUCAUGAGAAUCAAUCUGGCAACAUCAAUCGAAACGGGCUGAUUUAUGAAUCUCGUGAUCAAGACACUCUCACCAGCUCAAAUAUUAAACGUUCAGCUACAACGGGGGUAAAUACUAGCGGUCGAGCAAGUACACCUAUUGGAGCAGACAAAAGUUCCACUGGUACUGAAAAACGCCAUAAACGUAUUUCGAACACCAUUAAAUCAGAAUCAGAAGAAUACGAUUCCCUUAAUUCAGAUAGUGAUAUUUCUGCUGACAGAAAUGGCAACAAUAGUCGCACCGAAUCCAAUAGCCACCUAGAUGAUCCAGCUCUAUGCACUCCACAUGGGCAUAGUCCAGUAUCUCGUGGUGGUGGGAAUAAGGAACGACUAUCAGUAUUCAACAGGACUCCGCUCCAUAGUAAUAACAGCAUGGAUAUGCCCCUCGACCACAGACUCUUUGACCCGCCGCCAAAACAAUCUUCACAAUCCGCAGCAGCUUCAUCAUCAGCUGCCCAUCAACAACAGCGACAACACCACCAUAAUUCAUCAUCAGUCAACAACACAAACCUGUCCGGUCUAUCCUACAGCAAAGAUCAUCAAAAUGAAUCGUCCGAAGUGUCCUCCACGCGUAUUACCCAAUCGGGUUCAUAUGUCGAGAUUUUAAAAAAUACCGCAUAUCAAAAUUUGCAUAGUGAUGGCAGCCAAGGGCAGCAGAAAUCUGCAACCGCAGCUGGUGGCAUAGGCGGAUUAAAGAAAUCAUCAAUAAACGGCCAGGGCCACCUAUCAUCAUCGUCAUCCUGUCAAAAUAAAAGCUACGGUGAUUUCCUAACCAUCACACCACGUCGAAAGGGCAAACUUCUAUCGACCUCAGCAGCUAUUGGCAAUGAUCGUUAUCAGCACAGUAUUGAGCCACUGCAUUUGCUAGGCGUUCGAAAUGACAACAAUUGUACCAUGAAAUCUACAAAACUCUAUGAUUACAGAACUUUGGAAACCAUCAGUAAUGCUGAUACCCUACUUUUGGGGGCAACAAUCUACCCAAAAGUCAAUAAGUCCUAUUGCGCUAGCAUAUCGAAUCUUUCUUCUACUGGCAAUUUCGAUUGUGGUAUAAACAAUAGUAAAACGUCAAAUUUUAGUGACUUUCAGCAAAUAUUAACAGAAAAAAAUCUAAGCCCACCGUCGGCAUUUAGCGAUGGCGCUGAAAAAUCUUCGCUAUCGUAAAAGACUGAUAUAGAAAGUCACAUGCUAUUUUGAAUUUUAUAUAUUUAAAAAAAAAUUUUUUUUUUUGGUACACCAUACACUUGAAACAGAAGAUGGGUACAGAUUCUGCAAUUAACCAAAACAAAUUAAUUACAUAUCAAUUCCUUCAAUUACUGUCCAUUCCCGUUUAAAAGAACAAUUAAGUAUGUAGCAAGUCAAUUCAAAAGAAAAAAAUAAAUAUUCAAAUCUGUCUAUAAAGACUUGUUUUUUCGGAAAUUUUUUCUUGCAAAUCUAUUUUUACAAGAACAAGCAACACAAAAUAUGUAUGUAUUAAUUAUUUAAAAAAAUUCAAAACUCGAACAAGUUUCGCGAGUUUUGCAAAAUCUAAAUUCUAGUUUUUACAAAGAAGUAAAACAAGUAACAUGUCAAUUUUUACAAUAAAACCUUUAUGUUGUGAUAACUGGUAUAGAGAAAAAAAAAAAAAAACAAGUAAAUUGUCUCUUUGUUUAAUAAAUGGCUCAUUUACACAUUAAAAUAAUCAAACCUGUAAUUAUUUUUUUUUUAGGAAGGAAAAUUGUGAUUUUUAUUUAAAUAUUAAAUAAGCGCUUAUUAAACUCACAUUUUCUUUCAACUGAAUAAAAUAAUAAAUCUUUUUAUAGAAAGAUACAAUAUUUAACAUAUUGUUUAAUUGUUUAUUGUUUAAUAUUGUAUAGAUUCUUUUCGGAGUUCAAUCAGGCUUUAUAAAACUUUUACAGAGCCUCAUAAAAGCUGUUAAUGAUUUUAUGACUUUUAUAAGAAAUAAACCUUGUAGAAUCUUAAGCUUGUGAGAUUUCAAUUGUCUAUUCAAAAUUAUCCAGUUUCAGUUCAAUCAUAUUUACGCACCACAAAAAAAAACUUCAUUUUAAAGUAAUGGCGUUUUUAAUUGGCAAUCCGGAAUUGUUCUUCGAUUCGUUAUCCCAAUUGAACAGUUUUUUUUUAUUCCGAAGAAUCUGAAGUUUGGUGUGAAUGUAUUGGUUCAGUUUGACAUGUGUCACAUAUAUAUGUAUUCGCGCCAAAUUUCAUUCAUGGUCAAGUGUGACUUCUGACAUUUAAAUAUAUGAAUGUUUGAGUGAUUCUGCUUCUGAUUCGUUUUUUAAAACCAGAAGAGAAAUUCUCUUUUUUUUCAGAAUCAGAACUGUCAGUUUUUCCCAAUUGAACAAAUUCAGAUUGCUUUUUUUUGCUUCCAGAUUGCCAAUUAAAAACGCCAUAAGUAGUAGUAGUAUUUAAAAUCAAUCGUAAGGUUGAAAGCACCCUCCAAUGAGAACUUACUCUUUUGUAUUGAUUUUAAAAACGAAGGCAAAAUAGUUUAAUAUUUUAAAGUAUAAAUGAGCUCUGCAAAUACAUCUUUUAAAUAUACUCCAGAGUUAAAGAAUCAAAAAUUAAUGGUCGAUUAUUCUAUUCAAUAAAAAAGAAAGACUUAAAAAGCAUUAAUAUUCAUAUUUGAAGAUUUUUUGUACGAGCAAAAAUAAUGUGUCAAGUACGAGUACCUUCUUAACAAACGAUUCAGACUUUAUUUUGUUUUAGUAAUAAAAAACUUCAAUUUUAUGAUAAAUAAUUGUAAAUGUAUAUUACAAACAAAAAUUAAAUAAAACUUAGAAAGAUUAACAGUUAAAACUUAUCAAAAAUACAAAAAAUAUAUAGGAACAAAAUAUACA